AUGGUUGCCUUUAAACCUUACAAGUUCAUAAUAUUUAACAAAAAUUUGAGAAACAAUAACUUUUACAAACAGAUAAUUACUUUCCUUGAUUUAUCAGUUCUUUGUAAAGAGAUUUAUCUAAGUGAAAAAUUUUGCAAAUUAAAUUACGAGCAUGUAAGUAGAAAAAAAUUAAUCUACUUUUCCGACAGUGACUUAGUUGACAAAUUAAACCAAAACCAUAGUUAUAGUCAUAGCCAUAGCCAAAAUGAGUUAAUCUCCACGAUCAGAAACGAACAGCAGUGUUUGCCCACGGAAAGGGAUUCAGUGAAUACCCACAAUUUUGUAUUUGACGAAAAUAUUGAUCAUAACAUGAGGGAAGGCAUUAUCGAAACAGAAGAUUUAAUUCAGAAAAAGAAAACAGAACAAGAAAAUGGUGUUUUGACCAGCAAGGGAAAUAGGAACAAAAAAGGAGAUCAAUUUUUUUUGGUCAGCCUUUUUAUAUAUGAAGGAAAGAAAAAAGAAGAACUGCUUAACAUGAUAAAUUUUAUUAAAAUGUACAAUGUAAAUCAUAUAAACAUUUUAUGCUUAAAUGAUUAUAAUUCUAUUUUAAACUUAUUUAACAAGCAACAAGCUAAGACCAGAAUUUCUAUUUUUUGCCCAUUUUACAUUGUACAUGAUAAUUAUGACAUGUGCAGGCAAAAUAUUCCAAAAAAAAUUUGCGAUUUUUUAUAUACUAUAAUUAGUGAUUUCCUUCCUUUAAAUUAUAAACAUGUUUACUUGUCGGAUCUCAUCAGAGCUAUAAUAGUAAACACCGAACUUUGCCAGAGGAAUGCAGAUCAGGAAAUAGAAGUGCUGAGAUUUAUGGAUAUGAUGCAAAUUAUUGGAAAAUUAUAA